AUGGAUGCCCUGCAUCUACGGAAUGGGAAGUCCUACCAGAGUUCAUCUCCCAGCACUAAGGCUGUUCUCUCCUCACCCACUGGCAGUUCUGUGCCGCACGGGGCUUUGGGAACUAUCCCAUAGUAUAUGAUGAAGCUUGGACGGGUGCGAAACAUCGUGGUGGUUGCUGGAGCAGGUAUCAGCACGGCCAGCGGUAUACCAGACUUCAGGACACCAGGGACGGGUCUUUAUGCAAACCUUGCGAAGUAUGACAUCCCUUACCCAGUGGCUAUCUUAAACAUCAACUAUUUCUCUGACAACCCUCAUCCUUUCUUCUCAUUGGCUAAAGAGCUGUACCCUGGACACCACCGUCCAAACUACGUUCACUAUUUCAUCCGUAUGCUGCAUCAGAAGGGCCUGCUGCUCCGCAUGUACACUCAGAACAUCGAUGGACUCGAAAAACUGUGCGGUAUCCCAGAUGACAAACUUGUGGAGGCUCAUGGGAGUUUCGCUACUGCUGCCUGCCACCUCUGCUAUACGCCUUAUCCUGCUGAGGAAGCCAAGCAAGCUAUAAUGAAUGGCAACGUUCCCAUCUGUACAUUUUGUGCCGGGGCAGUAAAACCUAAUGUCGUCGUCUUUGGAGAAGAUCUACCAGAAAAGUACUUUCAACAUGCUGAAGAUUUCCCAAAAGCUGACCUUCUCAUGAUCAUGGGCACAUCUUUAAAGCUAUCAAGGGAAAUCUCUCACGUCAUGCUUAAUCCUGAAAGUUUUCUUGCUUUGUGGCAGAUCGAGCCCUUCGCCAGCCUGGUAAACACAGUGAAGUCCACAGUGCCUCAUCUGCUGCUGAACCGAUCCAGUCGGUCCCUUUGA